AUGACGACGCCUGCUAUUCGGAUUCCCUUCACGGGACCAUUACCGCCUGCUAUCAUAAUCCCUCGAACUGCAGCAACGCUUGCAGGGGCAAUUGACGCUAUUAGCACUUUCUUGACGGCGCCACCGUCCUCAAAUCUCCGGGGCAUCGAUGUGGGGAGACAUUCCCAGACGGUACUACUGACUGGCGCAGGUAUCUCCGUCGCGUCUGGUCUGUCGGACUAUCGAGGCGACCAGGGUACCUACCGACUAAACAAAUCCUAUCGUCCUAUUUACUACCACGAGUUCGCCGCCCACCAUGAGUCGCGCAAGCGGUAUUGGGCGCGCAGUUUCAUCGGAUGGCCCGGGCUUUUGAAAGCAAAGCCGAACUUGACUCAUUGGGCAAUCAAAGAUCUUGGUGAUAAAGGGUACAUCAGUUCCGUGGUGACACAAAAUGUCGACUCGUUCCAUUCCCUCGCGCAUCCGGGCCUGCCUACCCUCGAACUACAUGGAUAUCUGCGAUCUGUCGUAUGUACUAGCUGUCGAACCCAACUUCCCCGCGCUGACUUCCAAGCGUCGCUGGAGAAACUCAAUCCAGCUUGGGCGGAGUUUUUGGCUCGUAUGAUUGCAGAGGGUGUGCUUGAUACGGAUAAUCAGGAGGAGCAACGGCAGAAAGGCUUGAAGCUCAACCCGGAUGGUGACGUUGAUCUCGCUGAAGCGCCAUAUUCUACUUUCCGUUACCCCUCCUGCCCGACCUGCUUGGAGAAUCCUCCUACGCUCAGCGAUGGCACGAAGGCGACUGUAGAGGUCGAGCGCGAUGGCGCAUUAUCGGCGACUUCCAAUGCGGGCAUUUUGAAACCAGCGGUGAUCAUGUUUGGAGAAAAUAUCGAUCCACUGGUGAAGACAGCGGCUGAAGAGGCGAUUGAUGAUGCUGGGCGGCUACUCAUCUUGGGUAGCAGCCUGGCGACUUUCUCGGCGUGGCGCCUAGUGGAACGAGCACACAAACGAGGCAUGCCUAUUGGUAUUGUCAAUGUUGGUGGCCUCGGCGAAGGCACUUAUGCUACCGUCUUUAAAGGGCGCAACCGCCAAACCGGUGAAAUGGUGGCGCUGAAGGAAAUUCACUUGGAUUCAGAGGAGGGAACCCCAUCGACUGCAAUCCGUGAGAUCUCGCUCAUGAAGGAGCUGAAGCAUGAGAGUAUUGUUUCGCUUUACGAUGUCAUUCACACGGAAAACAAACUUAUGCUUGUUUUUGAGUUCAUGGAUAGAGAUUUGAAGAGAUAUAUGGACACUCGCGGCGAUCGUGGACAGCUGGAUCCUGCCACGGUCAAAUCCUUCAUGCACCAGCUACUCAAGGGUAUCGCCUUCUGCCAUGACAACCGAGUCCUCCACCGCGAUCUCAAGCCACAGAACCUCCUGAUCAACAAGAAGGGCCAGCUCAAGCUGGGUGACUUUGGACUGGCUCGCGCAUUCGGCAUCCCCGUCAAUACCUUCUCCAACGAAGUCGUCACUCUGUGGUACCGCGCACCGGACGUCCUCCUCGGGAGUCGCACCUACAACACCAGCAUUGAUAUCUGGUCCGCUGGCUGCAUCAUGGCAGAGAUGUACACGGGCCGUCCGCUUUUCCCUGGCACAACUAACGAGGAUCAAUUGAUCAAGAUCUUCCGUCUGAUGGGCACGCCGUCUGAACGUACAUGGCCCGGUAUCUCUCAGCUGCCAGAAUACAAGUCCGACUUCCAAAUCUACGCCACGCAGGAUCUGUCACUGAUUAUCCCGCAAAUGGAUGCUAUCGGCAUGGAUUUGUUGAACCGCAUGCUCCAACUCCGUCCGGAGAUGCGCAUCAGCGCCACUGAGGCCCUGCAGCACCCGUGGUUCCAUGAUCUGCCUCAGAUCCAGGCUAAAUUGCAGCAACAACACCAGCAGCAGCAGAUGGCCGGAUAUGGAGGCAUGAUCCCCCCGCAGUCCGCGUAUUAG